CUUUUCUUCAGUUGAUGUGAGUUUUGCAGAAACAUGAGUGGAGACAGCGACUACAGCAAAUAUGAUUUGGCACGGCUGCAGGCAGAACUUGAGCAGGAGAGAGAAAUGAGAGAAAUGCUUGAGGAGUCGGUGUCUGAUCUGCGGAGCACCAUGUGUGAGCUGCAGGAAAGGUUACACAGUGUUGAUGGGGAAGGAAAUGAGUGGAAGACAAGGUAUGAGACACAGAUUGAGCUGAAUGGACAGUUGAACAGACAGAUGUCACUCAUUCAUGAGAGACUGGAGGACCUACGAGGAAACCCCAUGGAUCGAUUGGCCUCCAUCCGAACUUAUGAUGACAUGCCGGUAGAAACACUGAGACAGCGUCUGAAGCUCCUGACUGAGGAGAAGUCCGACCUCCAGAGUCAGCUGAUGGACUGUCAUAACAGAAUCGAACAGGAGGGAAAGGCAUUUCAUAAAACCAAUGACGAGAGGCGAGCGUACCUUUCAGAAAUUGCGAAGCUAUCCUCCACAUUUGAAGCCCAAAGAAGACAGUACUUCACCCAGCCAGAGAGGGCGCCAGAGAGCAAACAGAGGAGAGGGAGGCAGACCAGCAGGAAGGCAGAGGCUGAUUCCAAGAAAGGAAAAGAAAGAGAAGAAGAUGGAGGAGGAGGAGUGCAUGUGAAAGGAGUUGGUGGUGGUGGUGGGGGAGCAACAGCAGAGAGAAGAGAAGAAAAGAAAUCCCAAAGGGGAAGCAGGUUACCUACCCUAAAGUACUACCUGAAACACAAUCCCUAACCCAGACCUAUCGUUAUAGCCCUUUAAAAAAAAAAGAGGUUAAAUGUCCUCUGGGUAUAAUUGUGGUAAAAACUGCCAUAUACUUUUCUUUUCAAUGCCAGAAUGUACUUUGUUCACAUUUCUGAAAGGCAGAUUGUGAGGACACAAUGCAGUUCCUGUGUAAGUUAUCUAUGUGCCACAGUCAUACAGUGUUACUCAUACAGUGAUACCCAUUUCAUAGUAUAAAAUAUUACAUUUAUAAUCAA